AUGGAUCAGAAACCUCAACCUGUAGUUCAUGAACGUCAUGACUCAAAAGAAGAAUUAGAACGAUUAUUUAAUGUAUUAAAUUCACAAAAUAACCCUACAGUACCUAUGCGUGAUCGUCGUUUACCUUAUUCAUUCUUUCAAGGGCCAACUCGCCCCUAUGAUUCCAAUAAUACAACUGCAACGUUAUCGACUGAUAACAAUUUCGGUGUUGGCGAUAGCAUCGUUCAUCCUCGUAUCAAAUCUUCACCUGCAUCAUUUCCGUACCACAAUAAUAACAGUGACAUGACUAACAGUAACAAUUCAGCUUUUCAACACCGUAAUCAACCGCUUCAUCCUAAACAUCAUUCUAGCAGUGCGGCAUUUCGUAAUGAAAACGCUCAUUCUAAUAAAUCAUUUCCUGCCGAUGUAAACUAUAAGAAUUUGAUCAAUCCUAACGUGGCAAUGCGACAACUGCCAAUGGCCAGAUUUGAUGACAAAUGCAGCAUCAUUAAUUGCCAAACUUUCAGCUUAAAAUUGCUCAAUUACGGUAUUGUUUGCACUUGGCGCCCUGUGCAACAAAACGGCUUACACAUCAGGGGAGGUAGCGGAAGUGGGUUACAUCCCAAUAAUGGACCUAUGCAAGCAAAAUUACCUGAUGGAUGGGAGAAAGCCUUCACUCCGGAAGGUCAGGUGUAUUUUGUAAAUCAUAUUACCAGAACAACAAGUUGGAAUGAUCCAAGAAGAAGUAUGAUGCAGGCACAAAGUCCAAAUCCCGUUAUACAAUCACCACUAAAGACCACUUACGAUCUGCCCAAUGAUAAAGCUAUGCAAGAAUUACAGAUGAUGCAAUUAGAAAGAAAACAUUUAGAACAGAAAAGAGAAGAAAUGCUUAGAAAAGAAUCUGAAAUUAAACGUCAAAUUGAAACGUAUCAACGACAACAAAUACCUGUAGGCCGUACGGAGCAAUUAUUGCACCGACCUGGAUUAGCUACGACUGCUGCACCUAAUGGUAUACCCAAUCAUAAUCCUGGUCUGAUUAAACGAGAGCCAAGUAGCCCCUCUCCCAUGCAAAUUGAUUAUCCAACUCCACAGCAUAAUUCUUUACCGACAGAUAUUCAAGCCAAUUUAAGCCAAGGUCAGAUGUUGAAUUACCGCGGCGGUAAUAUAUCGAUCAAUAAUCAACUGGCAAACGGGGGAUUUAAUAAUCAAAUAAUGUCUGAAAAUAAUGAACCAGAUAUCGAAGAAUUAAUUCAAAGUUUGAGCACUUCCGCACAAGACUUAGAUAUUGAGGCCACUUUAAUAGAUAGAGAUGCUAUCGCAAAAAUUGAAUCCGAUCUUGUUAAUACUGAACCUGAUUGGUACUAA